AUGGCUACUCUUAGAGUACCAGAGGUUGAUCCUUCUCCAACCCAAGACUGUGAGAAACUCAGAGAAGCUGUCCAAGGAUUGGGGACAGAUGAGAAGGCAAUUAUAUGGAUAUUAGGACAUAGAAAUGCAAGUCAACGGAGGAAAAUCAGAGAGACUUAUCAGCAGCUUUACAACGAAUCCCUCAUCGACUGUCUCUAUUCUGAGUUAUCUGGUGAUUUUAGAAAAGCAGUGAUCUUGUGGAGCACUGAUCCUCCAGAGAGAGAUGCAAAACUGGCAAAUGAAGCACUGAAAGCUAAGAAGAAAGGCAUUAAACAGCUGCAAGUGAUAGUUGAGAUAGCAUGUGCAUCAUCUCCUAACCAUCUUCAGGAAGUAAGGCAAGCCUACUGCUCUCUUUUUGAUUGCUCACUUGAAGAAGAUAUUGUAUCUGCAGUCUCCCCGCCACUCAGAAAGAUUUUGGUGGCUGUAGUGAGCUCUUACAGGUAUGAUAAAGAACUGGUGGAUAUGAACAUUGCCAACUCAGAGGCAGCUAAGUUACAUGAAGCCAUCAAAUCAAAGAAAUUAGAUCAUGAUGACAUAAUACAUAUACUGAGCACUAGGAACUUUCAUCAGCUAAGAGCAACUUUCGCAUGCUAUGAGCAGAACUUUGGAAAUUCUAUUGACCAGGACAUCAAGAGUUGUGGAAAGGGCGAUUUGGAAUCUCUUUUGAGAGUAGUAAUUAAGUGCAUAGAAGCCCCAGAGAAACACUUCGCUGAGGUUAUUGGAGCAGCCGUAAUUGGGUUGGGAACAGAUGAAGAUUCACUCACUAGAGCAAUUGUAACUCGAGCUGAGAUCGACACAAUGAAAAUCAGAGGGGAGUAUUUCAACACCUAUAAAACCAACCUUGAUGGUGCAGUUAUUGGUGAUACUUCAGGAGACUAUAAGGACUUCUUGAUGACCUUACUUGGUGCAAAAAUCUAA